GUUAGUCGGUGCUGCUAUUUAGGGGAAAGGUCGCAGGACUCAGGUUUUUAUAUGCUGAUCACCACACACUGAGCCAGAGCCACACGAAGAUUGAAGUUUGAUCCUGACAGUGGUGAAUUGAUUCAGCAUCAUGGCGCUUAUCAGAGGUGUAUUUGUAGUAGCUGCCAAGCGCACUCCGUUUGGUACGUAUGGUGGCGUGCUGAGGGAUCACAGCGCAACAGACUUGGCUGAGCAUGCUGCCAAAGCUGCCCUCGCUGCAGGGGGCGUGGCACCAGAACUUAUAAACAGUGUCAUCAUGGGAAAUGUUAUGCAGAGUUCAGCCGAUGCACCCUACAUUGCUCGCCAUGUGGGUCUGAGGUGCGGUGUUCCCAUCCCAGUUCCUGCUCUUACUGUGAACAGACUAUGUGGAUCUGGUUUCCAGGCCAUUAUCAACGGUGCUCAAGAGAUUUGCCUCAAGGAGUCGGAGGUGGUCCUGUGUGGAGGCUCAGAGAGCAUGAGCCAAGCCCCGUAUGCUGUUCGCAACAUAAGAUUCGGUACAAAGUUUGGAGUCGAUCUCAAGCUGGAGGACACCUUGUGGGCAGGUCUGACUGACCUGCACAUCAAAACCCCAAUGGGCAUCACAGCAGAAAACCUGGCCGAGAAAUACCAGAUCACACGAGAGGAAGUUGACAGCUACGCACACCAGACACAACAAAAGUGGAAGGCAGCUCAUGAGGCCGGUCACUUCACGGCAGAGAUUGCUCCCAUCGAUGUGAAAGCUAAGAAAGGCAAAGUGCCCAUGGCUCAGGAUGAACACCCUCGUCCACAGACCACACUGGAACAGAUGGCCAAACUGCCUCCAGUUUUUAAGAAGGGAGGGACUGUUACUGCUGCCAAUGCCUCGGGUGUAUCUGAUGGUGCUGCUGCUGUGGUGAUUGCAAGUGAAGAUGCCCUGAAAGAACACAAGCUCACUCCACUGGCCAGAAUUGUAGCCUAUCACGUGUCAGGCUGUGACCCGAGCAUUAUGGGAAUCGGUCCCGUUCCAGCAAUCACAGGAGCUCUUGAAAAAGCCGGGCUGACUCUCAACGACAUGGAUCUUGUGGAGGUGAAUGAGGCCUUUGCCCCUCAGUACCUGGCUGUUGCCAAGGCUCUUGGACUGGAUCCAGCAAAAAGCAACGUUAACGGUGGGGCUAUUGCCAUCGGACAUCCACUGGGUGCUUCUGGAGCACGUAUCACCGCCCACCUGGUUCAUGAGCUCAGGCGACGAGGAGGAAAGUACGCCGUCGGCUCUGCCUGCAUCGGUGGUGGUCAGGGCAUCGCCAUCAUCCUUGAAAAGUACUAACUGGGGAAGCUGCCAGUAACGCUACCGUGCACUCAUAUAACAUAAAACACAGGUCACACGUGCCAAAAAGAAAUUUUUUAUUGUUAAACCUUUACCGUUCACAUAAAUGGCAAAUGUUCUCUUAACAUGAGGCGCUGCUGCUUCAUUUUCACGGCACACAAAGAAAACUCAACAUCGUUCUUUUUUUUGCUGCUUACUGUUGUUACUUCUUUCAGUCUAUUUAUACAACUGUUGUACAAUAAAUGUCUGAGUCCAGUGUUGCCUUAGAAGCCCUGUGAAGAUAAAGAGUGAAUCCAUGUUUCUGUGCUUGUUGUAGGCCUACCAGAGUGCAACAGACUGUUUGUGAAUGUGCCUGAGAUACAGAGCCAGGUCCUCAGUCACAUUAACACGUGUAGCAUAUCAUUAACUCAUAAUUCAGUACAGUUUGUGUGGAGUUAUAGUAAAGUUUUAAGGGCCUCUGAAUUCCAAUGUUUGCCUUUGAAAUGUUCUCUAUCACUCCAUUAUCAGGAAUCGGUAUUUACAAUAAAGAUGUCUGACCUGUGAUGGCUCCUGCAAAACUGAUUUUGUAUUUCUUCAUCAAAGAAUCUCAAUAAAUUAAUAAGAAAAAGUGAA